UAAAAAGGUUAGGUGACUCUCGAAUUCCUAAGAAAAAGCAUUGCAUAUCACAUCUAUUUUGUAUUUUGUCUAUGGUAAAACAUGGACGUGGAUACAGCAAGUGAUAAUACGUCUAUCGAUGAUAAAAUAGAUGAUUUUUGUGAAAAUCCAACGAGAGAUGCUUUGACAGAAGGUCUUAUGAGUCUUCUGAAACCUACAGUGGAUCAAUUAGAUGAAAGAAUUCGUGCCACGAGGAUAUGUCAAAUAGAAUUAAAGCAGAGAAUUGAAUCAUUGACAGAAGAAUUACAACGAAUCAGUGAAGUAUUGCAAUGCCCAUUGGAAACUGAUUCUUAUGUUAAAAAGCUAAUUAAUGCUAAACAUAAAAUUACAAUUGUCAGUAAUAUUUUACAAAGUACACAAGAGCGAUUAAAUAAAAUUCAUCAAGCAGUGGAGAAAAAUACAACAAAGAGAAAAGCUUUAUUGGAUCAUAGUUCUUCAUAUGGAAAUACCUCUAAUAUUUUAAAUAAAGAAGAACAAGUGGAAACAGAACAAGAAACUAAUAUUUCUAAAGAACAUGAAUGAAUCAUAAUUAUGAUAAAUAUAAGUUAAUUGUGAUAUAUCUUAUUAGUUUGAUAUUUAAUCUAGAAUUUAUUUAAAAAAGAAAAAAUUAUAUAAAAAUUCUUAUAACAAUCUAUUUUCCAUUAAUAUAUCAUGAAUACACCGAUAGUUAAAUUAUCGGAUAAAGAUUUGGAAUCAGUUUAUGAACCAUCAGAGGAUUCUUUCCUCUUGAUAGAUGCCUUAGAAGCUGAUUUAGAGGUCCUAAAAGUUACAAAACCUGUGAUGUGUUUAGAGAUAGGUAGUGGAUCUGGUAUUAUAAUUACAGCAUUGGCAAUGGCA